CUCUCUCUCUCUCUCUCUCUCUCUAGAGAAUGGCAAUGGCGACCACUGGAAUUUCUCAAAUCCCGUCCUCGAAAACCCUAAUACCAUCAAACCGAAGAUCCAAAUCCUCCACGCCUCUGCCUAGAUCCGCGAGCGCUGGCCUAUCUUCAUCUUGUUCUCAGAUCUCCGGCGAGAAGUUGAGCUCGAAGGCGGUUUUGCGGCCGAGAAAUUGCGACUCGAGAGGGAGAUCUCCGAUCUCGGUGUCUCCGAAGGCAGUUUCGGACUCGAGGAACUCGCAGACUUGUUUGGAUCCUGAUGCUAGUGUGAGUGUUCUUGGGAUUAUCCUUGGAGGUGGAGCAGGGACCCGGUUGUACCCUUUGACAAAGAAGAGAGCUAAGCCAGCUGUUCCUUUAGGGGCUAAUUACAGAUUGAUUGACAUUCCUGUUAGCAAUUGCCUGAACAGUAACAUCUCUAAGAUAUAUGUCCUCACACAGUUCAAUUCAGCAUCACUCAACCGCCAUCUUUCACGGGCUUAUGCAAGUAAUAUGGGCGGUUAUAAGAAUGAAGGGUUUGUCGAAGUUCUUGCUGCUCAGCAGAGUCCAGAGAACCCUAACUGGUUUCAGGGUACUGCUGAUGCUGUAAGACAAUAUUUGUGGCUCUUUGAGGAGCAUAAUAUUAUGGAAUUCCUGGUUCUUGCUGGGGAUCAUCUCUAUCGCAUGGACUAUGAAAGGUUUAUACAAGCACAUAGGGAAACAGAUGCAGAUAUAACUGUUGCUGCAUUGCCAAUGGAUGAAAAGCGAGCAACUGCUUUUGGUUUGAUGAAGAUUGACGAAGAAGGGCGCAUCAUUGAAUUUUCGGAGAAGCCAAAAGGUGAUCAGCUCCAGGCAAUGAAGGUUGAUACCACCAUUUUAGGGCUUGAUGAUGAAAGAGCAAAAGAGAUGCCUUUUAUAGCCAGUAUGGGUAUCUAUGUGGUCAGUAAAGAUGUGAUGUUGAAGUUGCUUCGUGAAAAAUUUCCUGGAGCCAAUGACUUUGGAAGUGAAGUGAUUCCUGGUGCUACUAGCAUCGGUAUGAGGGUGCAAGCCUACUUGUAUGAUGGUUACUGGGAAGAUAUUGGUACAAUUGAAGCAUUCUAUAAUGCAAAUCUUGGGAUAACUAAGAAACCAAUACCAGAUUUCAGCUUCUAUGACCGUUCUUCUCCGAUCUAUACACAGCCUCGAUAUUUACCACCAUCCAAGAUGCUUGAUGCUGAUGUUACAGACAGUGUUAUUGGUGAAGGAUGCGUGAUUAAGAAUUGCAAGAUUCACCAUUCUGUAGUUGGUCUUCGUUCUUGUAUUUCUGAGGGUGCAAUAAUAGAAGAUACUUUACUCAUGGGAGCAGACUACUAUGAGACUGAGGCAGACAAGCGGUUCCUAGCUGCAAAAGGGAGCGUCCCUAUUGGUAUUGGAAAGAAUUCUCACAUCAAAAGAGCUAUUAUCGACAAGAAUGCUCGUAUUGGGGAUAAUGUCAAGAUCAUCAACAGCGACAAUGUGCAAGAAUCAGCAAGAGAGACUGAUGGAUACUUCAUCAAGAGUGGCAUUGUGACUAUAAUCAAGGACGCUUUGGUCCCGAGUGGAACAGUGAUCUAAACCGAAAUGGUUGAGCUCUGCUAAGACAUAUUCUUUUUCUAGGUAUGAGGAAAUAAUCUUGUACAGUACUUUUCUUGAUAUAAGUCGUUUUUGCAAAGAGCGAGGGUGAGUGGACUUCAGUGAGAAACUCUGAUGUAUAAAUGACAUAGGCUAUUUUGAUAUUUAAUUUGAGUAGCUGUCUUCAUUUCCGGAAA